AGUCUUUCCCUGUGCCUGGUGCGGAUCUGUCCCUGUCCCCGUCCCGGUGCCGGUUCCGGUCUCGGUCUCGGUCUCGGUCUCGUCCCUGUCCCGUUCUUGGUCCCUGCCCCGGUCCCUGCCGCUGUCCUGCACCGUGGCGGCCCGGGAUGGCGGCAGAGGCGGGCGGCGCGGCGGGGAAGCGGCGGAUCAUGUGCGUGGGGCUGGUGUGCCUGGACAUCAUCAGCGUCGUGGAGGCUUUCCCGGCCGAGGACUCCGACACCAGGUACCGGCGGCGGGGUUCCUCCGGUGCCCCCAAACCGACCCUGCGCCCACCGCAGCCUCUCGUCCCCCGCAGGUGCCUGUCGCAGCGGUGGCAGCGGGGCGGGAACGCCUCCAACUCCUGCACGGUGCUGUCGCUGCUGGGAGCCCCCUGCGCCUUCAUGGGCUCGCUGGCCCCCGGCCCCGCCGCUGACUUCAUCGCGGCGGAUUUCCAGCGGCGGGGAGUGGACACGGCGCACGUGGCGUGGCAGCCCCGCGGAGACGUGCCCUGCGCCGUGGCCAUCGUCAACGCCGCCAGCGGCUCCCGCACCAUCGUCCUGCACGACACCAACCUGCCCGACGUGACCGCCCGCCACUUCGAGCGGGUCGACCUUUCCCAGUACAAGUGGAUCCACUUCGAGGCCCGGAACGCGGCGGAGCAGGGCGCGAUGCUGGAGCGGGUGGAGCGGCACAACCGGGCGGCGGCGCCGGAGCGGCGGGUCCGGAUCUCGGUGGAGCUGGAGAAGCCGCGGGAGGAGCUGCUGCCGCUGAUGGGGCGGGGACAUGUGGUGUUCAUCAGCAAAGACCUGGCCCGGCACUUCGGGUACCAAUCGGCCCGCGAGGCCCUGCAGGGGCUGCGGGGCCGCAUCCAGACAGGGGCCACGCUGAUCUGCGCUUGGGCCGAGGAGGGGGCUGAUGCCAUGGGGCCCGACGGGGAGCUGGUGCACUCGGACGCCUUCCCCCCAGAGACCCUCGUGGACACACUGGGGGCUGGGGACACCUUCAACGCCGCCGUCAUCUUUGCGCUUGCAGAAGGUGGGGCACAAACGUGGCACGGCCACAGCACGGCCACGGUUCAGUUUGGUGUGGCCACGGCACGGCCACGUCUCAUCCUGGGCCCCACCCCCAGGGAGGACCCUGCAGGACGCCCUCACCUUCGGCUGCCGGAUCGCGGGCAGGAAAUGUGGGAUCCAGGGCUUCGAUGGCAUUGUCUGAGCUCGUGCCUGGAGACCUCUGCCCUAACCUGAGACCCUGACCCACAGGCACACCACGUCUCCACUGCACCCAGCAACCCCCAAUAAAACCCCACGUGCACCACUACGGCCCCUGUGUCCCCCGGGUGUGCCCCCCUUGCCC